UUUUACUAUUAUUUACCCGAAAACUAGUUGUUGAGGAGUGAAACUCCUACGCGUUGUAGCAAUCAUAAUCACUCUUUAUAUUUUAUCUGUUGUUCAAUGCCGGAUUUCUUCACUCUCGAUGAUUCACAGAUUGCUAGCAUGACAGCUACUCGGUAAAAUAAGCCUUGAUGGUUGACGAGUAGGUAAUCUCGAAAGGUCCGCUGUGACCAUGUGAAGAAUGCGUAAAUGGCGCAAAUAAAUGCCGCAGAGAGGGAAAGGGGGAACAGGGGUUAUAGUGACUAGAUAUAACACUUCUCAGGAAAAAUGCUGGAAUGGCGUCAUUUAUUGUUCGUUGACUACAGCUAUGCAGUGGAAAAAUGAGGAGGGGUGGUGCUCGAAAAGAGGUCUGUUUGAGUUUGUUGGUGUGGGGAUUAAUUUGCUUCUGGAUGGGCUUUUCGGUGCAAUCUCUCAACUGCAGUGGAAGGGUGUGCACUGUCUGUACCUGCACUAUGAUACCAUGUGUAGCGUCUAAAUAACAGCAAGGGGGCCGCGGGAAUAUGAAGCUGUAGAGAAUAGCAUACUUCAUAGACAGAGCUAUAUAUGUCAUGUUGAGCAAAUAUCGGAAAGUUGACCCGUUUUUCGGACGCAGUGUAUUCAAGAUCUACUCAUAGAUAUGCGAUAUAUGAUAUGCAAGAUAUAUACUACAUACAAACUACUCCUCCACCAGCAACCUCGGCCGCCAACUUAGCGGGGUAACCCGAAUAACCAUCUGCGGCCGCCCAUUCCACACAACCCGCAGCCCAGCAUCUCGCAGCACCUGCACAACCGUCUUCCCCACCUCCGCCGUCUCCGCAUCGACAUCACUCAGCGCCCCAUACCGCACACACAACCCGCCCCCGUCCACCGCCCUCUCCGCAUCCUGCAUGUGGAAAUACGCCCACCCCGAAUCCCCCACCCGCGCCUCCCGGUGUAUCUGCGCAUCGCCAGACUGCGCCGUGUAGCAGAAAUUCAUCCGUGUCAAGAUCCCCUUGCUCGCGGCCAGGAUCUCAAAGGCGCGCUUGACGCGCUGGAACCCGGCGUCCGCGUCCGCGGGCCAUGUCGCCUGCUGCUCCAGCCGCGCCUGCCAGAGCUCGUCGAUUAUCCGGCGCGAUUCGGCGAUGAUGCGGGGGUCAUUGCUGUCGUAGCGCUCAUGGUGGAAGAGGUAGGUGAUCUGGUCGAGGAGCUCGGCUUUGGUGUAUGCUGCGGUGCUGAUGAUUCCCGCCGCGCCUGCUUUUACGUUGUCGAUUGCGUCCUCGUCUAUAGGGGUAGGCUCUGUGGUGGUUGGAGGGCUAGAUGUUGCGUGCUGAUUUUUUAAAAAAAAGAAGCGGGCGCAAUUCUCCUGAGGUCAGUGCUGUUACAUAUAUGCUCUCUGGUGAGUCCUGAUUACGAGGACUUUAUGUAAAAUAGGGGUUUCAUACCGGCAUUGUGUGGGGAGGUGGACGAUGAAAAGCUCUGGCGGAUGAAAAAUCUGCGAGGAUGAGAGCACUCGCAUUCAACCCUCGGGUUAUUUAGUUAUCUCCAGGUACACUGUGUGAGUUCAUAACAAUCAUCUCGAAGCUAGCGUGUCCAACUCGUAUCUCAGAUUUGACCAAUAAAUACCUAAACAGCACGAUGUUAACUGAAUUCUUCUUUGCGCAAGUACAUCUUUGGAGCAUGGAUUGGCGUAGCAUUUUCUAAGCUGUCAAUCCUUCUGGCCUGGUAGUGGAGUUUUUUGUAUUCAAUGACGGUUGUUUAAGCUCGUUGCACACCGCCAGAGUAAAUAUCCGCUGCAUCUUCCCCAAAACUGGUUGAGUCGAACGCUGCUUAGGCUCCCUCCCUGCCUUUCCUGACCGCUUGGUCUUGCAGAAGCCGGGCAUAUUUAAACAUCGCGAUGCCGAACCUCGCUUAUUGCAUCACUAGUGAUCACUAGUUUAUCCUGGAGUACAUGCACAUGUCUAAUUUCAGAGACCUUCAGAAGAUAAACAAUAGACGAUACGUGUUCUAGCUGCCUCUAUAUACGUCGCGUCGAAGUCUUGGAACCGUCCGUGUAUAUUACAUAUCACGUGACACUAUAUUCGAGAGCAUUCCAAGGUUCCCUCCUUUUUCGGCCCGACUAAAUUGAUGAAGCUUGCUCGGGGUAUUUUUCAAUAUAUAAUCAUUUUUAUGAUAUAACUUAUAACUUUUGGGGAAACGAGAAACAGUCAAUCGUCUCACGGUCAAGGAAAAUCUCAGAGAGUGUUUGGAGCGGGAAAAUUGAAUUGGAUCAGCUUUGCCUCACAACGGGUUGACUGCCAUAUGUACAACAUCUAAAUGGAAACACACAGCCGAUAGUUUUCUAUCUAUCUUGUUUCAAAUCAAGAUCUGGCUUUGGUGCAUGCAUCGAUGUUUUCGAUCAACGAUAAACUGCAUCUGCAAUAACCCACCUGGAAGCAAAAAGUACUUUCUCAUACGGUCGCUGGACCUUUGAAAUCCUAGAUUGAUAUCGGGGAAAAUGAGUUCAGCGGAUAUGAGAAAUCAGGAAGCGGAUGGGAUUCGAGAGAAGCCAGGUGUUGCCAGGUCAAGGGGGAAGAAAAAGGACUACAAAGGGUUUGUGGCGGGUGUGUUUUCUGGCAUUGCCAAGUUGAGUGUGGGACAUCCAUUCGAUACCAUCAAGGUUCGUCUUCAAACGACAAAAUCUGCACAAUUUAGCGGUCCUUUAGAUUGUUUGCUUAAGACUGUACGGAAUGAAGGACCAAGGGCCUUGUAUAAAGGUGCAUCACCACCUUUGAUGGGAUGGAUGGUCAUGGACUCUGUUAUGCUCGGGUCAUUAACCCUCUAUCGUCGUCUUUUGUUUGAACAUGUUUUUGCAAACAAACAAUUACGACGAAUAAUACCUUUUGCUUCAAAGAAAGUUCCAGAUCGACUGUCCAGCUUUGGGCACGGCAUCGCUGGUGUUUUGGCGGGCUCAACUGUUAGCUUUAUAGCAGCACCUGUUGAGCAUGUGAAAGCACGAUUACAGAUCCAGUAUGCAGCCGAUAAGAAGCAACGGUUGUAUAGAGGCCCGAUCGACUGCACGAAGAAGAUUCUUCGUACACACGGAAUCCAAGGGCUUUAUCGCGGGUUUUGCGCCACUCUGCUCUUCCGCUCAUUUUUCUUCUUCUGGUGGAGCACUUACGACAUUUUCUCGCGACUCAUGAAGCAGCAUACUCAACUAUCCACACCAGCAGUCAACUUUUGGGCGGGUGGCUUGUCCGCGCAAGUGUUUUGGCUCACAUCCUACCCGUCCGAUGUUGUGAAGCAACGGAUUAUGACGGAUCCGUUGGGUGGCAAGCUGGGUGAUGGCGAAAGGAGAUUUCCGCGGUGGAAGGAUGCAGCGGUAGCUGUCGCGAAAGAGAGUGGUUGGAGAGGAUACUGGCGGGGAUUCCUGCCGUGCUUUUUGAGAGCAUUCCCCGCGAAUGCAAUGGCGCUGGUGGCUUUUGAGGGAGUUAUGAGGUACUUGGGAUAGAUGGGGAUACGAAAAAGCAUCGAAUCCAUUUCUGGCGGAGCAUUUUGAUCAUUUUUGCAUUUGGGUUAUAGAUUCUAUGCAUGGGGCGGAUACUAGGACAUCGCAAUCUGUAAUUCUAUAUAGCAAAUAUUAGACGGCGGGGAGUAAUUCGUGACAUGUACAUUACAUUACAAUAAAAUACAAUAAAGCAGUUUCCACAAAUAUACGGAUUUCCUUCAGAUCAGUC